AUGGCUCCGGCUGCUGCGCCGGCCGCGACCGAAGGCUUCGCCGUCGGGACGACGCUGGUGGCCAUGUGGAUGGGUCAGACGGAGCGCACGUGCGUCGUAAUCGACCGGAAGGUCGUCGCGCAAGGCAAGAUCCGGUACUACGUCCAUUGGCACGACUUCAAUCGACGCAUGGACGAGUGGAUCAACGCCGAUGAAGUCGUGCGCGAAGGUACCGAGGAAGAGACGAAGCAGCUCCAGGAGAAGCAUGCCAAGGAGAAGGAGGCCCACGACGGUACGUCAGCGCAACCGAUCAAAUGCAGCAACAAGCUCAUCCUAGCAACGACAGAAGCCAACAAGAAGACGUCGGCCGAAGCUCUCGUCGAUGGGCCGCCUGGCGAGAAGACGCGGACGCGCGGCCAGAAGCGCAAGACCGACGCCGAGGACGACUAUGCGGAGCCUGACGAGCAUGACGAGCACGAAGGCAUGGACGCUGCCAGUAUCCGCGAGCACGAAGAGGUGACCAAGGUCAAGAACGUGCGGUUCGUUGAGAUUGGCAAGCACCGCAUGGCCGCGUGGUACUUUUCGCCGUUCCCAAAGGAGUUUAUUCCCGACGGCAACAUUGACUGCCUCUACUUUUGCGAAUUCUGCUUUGCGUUCUUCCGCUUCAAGUCGGAGCUGCGCCACCACCGCGAACGCGUCGCUUGCGCGCGGCACCCGCCCGGCAACGAGAUCUACCGCCACGAAGGCAUCGCCGUCUUCGAGGUCGAUGGUGCGAUCGCCAAGCCCUACUGCCAGAACCUCUGCUAUUUCGCCAAGCUCUUCCUCGACCACAAGACUCUGUACUACGACGUCGAUCCGUUUCUGUUUUACAUCUUGUGCGAGAUUGACGACCGGGGCUUUCACCCGGUCGGGUACUUCUCCAAGGAAAAGUACUCGGAGCUCGGAUACAACCUGGCGUGUAUCCUCACGUUUCCGUGCCACCAGCGCAAGGGCUAUGGCAACUUUAUCAUCCAGUUUUCGUACGAGCUCUCGAAGAAGGAAGAGAAAGUCGGGUCGCCCGAGAAGCCGCUCUCGGAUCUCGGCCUCGUGAGCUACCGCAGCUACUGGACCAAGGUGCUUCUCGGCAUCCUCAAGGACUACCCGCACGAGCUCUCGGUCAUGGACCUCACCAAGCUCACGUCGAUCAAGAACGAAGACGUGAUCGCGACGCUCCAGUACCUCAACAUUAUCAAGUACUUUAACGGCCAGUACGUCUUUGUCCUGCGCGCCGAGACGGUCGAGGAGCAGCUCCACAAAGUGACGAAGAAAGGACCGCAAGUGUGUCCCGAACAUCUCCACUGGGCGCCGCUGCAGUUUGACAUCAAGCGGGACAAGUGGUCUCUCAAGGCCAAGCACAACGAAGCCGAGGAGUAG